AUGACGUCUUCCAAAGAAACCCCUCAAGAGCCUCCGCGCAAUGGCUUGCGGCCACCACCUCCCCUGACUCCUUUCAAUAACGAGCCCUCUCCCUCUCAUCAGUCUCACCACACAGUCCUCACGGACCCCGUCUUCAACCCAAAGCGAAGCAGUCAGCGCAACAAACAUAGUUCAAUAGUCCCGGACUCACUGUCACCCAAUUUGAAGCGGCGAACUUCUAGGUUCGGGCUAUCCAGUCUUUUCAGCAGAUCAAAGCCAUUGGCGACUGAAGGAGUGCAAGAGAAAUUGGGUGUACAAUGGGAAUGUGACGAGCCUGCGGGGACAUCAAAGAGUGCUGAAACGACAGCAUUACAAAAAAAAGAUUCCGAGCCUCGCUCCCCAGAAAUUCAAGCCCGGCCAGACAUUGACCCCCCUGCUGCUCCACUGCGGAGCCGAACCUCUAAAUCAGCGCUCAGAUCAUCCUUCAGAAGGGAGAUUACCAGCAGGAGCUCAGCCGCUUGGGAUCCACCUCCACUAUUCCAAGCAUAUCCCCAGGCAGUGAGGCACGCGACGUUACGAGCGCCCGCACUUUCCGCAGAAACAAUCUUACGUCUCAAUGCUGAAAGGAAUGGCAGCUCGAACCAAAGAGUGGAGUCGUACACUCCAGAGGUCAAUGGAAUGAAAUCCUCAAAAGAAAAAAAGCUGAAAAGACCUACCGCAUUAGAUGUGCUAUCGAAGGGAGAUUGGACGAAGAAAACCUUCGUCUUAAUUACUUCCGGCUAUUUCCUGCAGUAUGCUGGCCAAGGGCCAUUUGACAGACUGCCUGAGAAGAUUAUGUCGUUGACCAAGGAGUCAGCCGCCUUUGCAAGCGAUGCCAUUCCUGGCAAGCCUUAUGUCCUGCAAAUAUCUCAAGUCGCCCACGACAAUGGGUCAUUGGACACGGAAGCUUCGAGGUCAAUGUUCAAAAAUCUAGGUUUACGAAGCCAGAUGAAGCGGUCUACUUCUAGCUUCCUACUUGUAUUUGAAAGCCCGGAAGAAUUGAGCGCUUGGAUGGCAACUGUAAGGAAAGAAAUUCAAGCUAUGGGUGGUAAAGAAUAUCGACCAGACGAGUUUCGGAAACCAGCUGAAGUUGAAUCAAUUCAAGAGCUGCAUCAGAGACCAAGCCAGCGAUAUCUGGUCAAAAGGGAUCCCAAUCGGUUUUCUCAGAUCACGGACCUAGUGCCGAAUGUUACGUUCGGCAACAAUACUCUCUCACCGGAGCCCUCAAAGCAAGCCGUUGUUGACCCAACAGAUCCUUCUUUUGUCAGAAGGCAAUCCAUGGCUACCCAGCAGUCCCUUGAAUCGCGUGCCACAUCGAAUACAGCCGAGUCUAUAAAUCAAAUCCACCUCGAUCAUUUGAGAGAAAGCCCACGACAGUCGUAUGCGUCAGUGGGAAAGACAACGUCGUCAUCAAGAGAUUCAUCGCCUGGACCUUCGCCAGUGAAUCUCCAGGCCGACAUACCGCAGUGGCCACAGAACUUCAACGAAAGGCGACAAACAACAUCUAUGUAUCAUGGACUGGUCAAAAGCUCGGCGCAACAGCUGACGUCUCCAAAUAAAAAACGUCGAGAGUCCACAACAUCCCCUCCAGCGCCUCCAUCAUCGCAUCGAAUCUCGAAAUACGCACCACAGCAGCAACGGACUCCAUCCCCUGCAGCACCCAACUUCAGUGUUCCAACUUUCAGCAAACGUUACUCGUCCUCAAGCAACUCUCCUGCGUUAUCUUGCACUACUUCAAAGCCGCAAACUCCACCGGCAGCCCUUAUCCAUGCGUCUCCUUCUCCACCUGUCAUUAGCGAGGAAGGGGCAGGUAAUGGAAGGCGUACUUCUAUCAUAGGAGAACUCCAACAUCUCCAGAAACCAAGCCCAAGGGCCUUGAAUGGUCUUUUCCCAUCAACGAGCACUCCGCCUCGUUCGGCAGGCUCUUGUGGUCCUCCAUCUUCGUCAGAGGGAAACCCUCCAUUCUCUCGUCGAUUUUCCUCGUUGGAAUACUCUCGAGGUGUAUCUCCGCUUCAGCUGGCGAGUCAUUCACCAUCGCCGCACCCACCCCCAACUACGGCUCUGCCAGCAAUUCCUGGAGCUGACCUCUCCUCACGAUCUUCCUUUAUCAAAUCACCAUUGUCCCCCUUGCCCCCGUUGCCAGGUGCCGAAGAGUCAAGAGCCAGCUCCACAACUCCGACCCCACCAACGGCUUUGCUCGCGUCUCCUUCAGCGACACCAUCGCCGCACACUUUCGUCACUCCAUCACCAUCACCACCAUCGCCACCACCAACAGCUUUGCCAGAGAUGGAACCUCCACGAGGAGGCUUUUCUUACCCGCCACCAACAAAGGCUCUGCCAGCUGUGCCUGAUGUGAGCCCCUCAUCACGCGCUUCUGUUCUUCCAUCCCCUCCCAGGACUCCGUCCCAUGAAUCAACAGCUCGUGAGCCGCCACAUGAUUCUGUAAUGCCUCAAGCGAAUUUGUCGGUCCCUAUUGUACCUAAGACUGAAGCGCCGCACCAAUCCUAUUUUAUCCAAAUUCCCACCACACAAGAAUCGACGAGGAUCGAUCAAACCCGAGCUCGAGAUCUACGUCGUCCAGUGAGCAUGCAAGUGCGCAGCCAAUCUCCUGCUAGCUAUGCCACUCCGCCUCAAACCGCCUUUAAGACGACCUUCGACUUUGAAAACAUUACACCGCCACCAACAGAGUCACUGCCAUCGCCCCUAAGGCCUACCCGCAACCCUCCGCCGCCGCCUUCUGAGCAGCGACCACAGCUUGGCUUUCGCAAGAGCUCGCCACGGAUCGGUCGAGAGCCACCGCCAGUGUCUGCCGUUCCGAGCCCUAGGAGUAGGAUCUCGGUGAUUUCUCCGGCAACCCAUUACUUCGAUGAAGCUGCCCCACAUCCUUUUAUUCCUCCUAUCAAGGUUUCGGAUAGGAAAUUUCGUGGAUCGCUUGACGGUCCAUGGAACCCUGCGUACGGGGCGCCCCAGCGAACUUUUCUCGAUCUGGGUGCUGUUUGA